CCAAGCGUCGCUGCUGUAUAAACAUAACACAUUCAACUCUUCAGCCAAGAAGUAGCCACCAACACCACCACCAACAAUCAAAAUGUUCAAGCUGAUCGCUAUUCUGUCCGCCAUGUGCGUCGUUGCCAACGCUGGUGUGAUCGGUCCCUAUAGCCAUGGUUUGUCCAGUUAUGGCCAUGGUUAUGGUCUGGGCUAUGGAGCUGCUCUGGCACCCGCCUAUGCUCCGGCUGUCAUCUCGCAUGCGCCGAUCAUCAAGAGCUAUGCCGCGCCCAUUGUCCAUGCACCCAUCGUGAAGACCAUCCACCCGGUGGCCACAUCCUAUGCCAACACCUACAAGGUGGCGACCAAGGCUUAUCCCGUCGUACAUGCCGCACCCAUCUAUCAUGCACCCGCUGUUGUGCAUGCCGCACCAGCUCUGCACACCACCUCCACCUACCAUGGCCAUGGAGGCUAUGGCGGCUAUGGCAGCUAUGGCGGCUAUGGCGGCUACGGUCUGGGUUAUUCCGGCUAUGGACACGGUUAUCUGCACUAAAUGCGUUCGCCCACUCUCGAAUCUCUUUUGACGACCCAAAGGACCACAACAACAACUACAACUAUCUACAAAUCGAAUCGGAUAAUCCCGAUACAGAUGUCUUAGUACAAUGUUCGACACUUUGCUGCUGUUCUAGUGCAGAACCUAAUUCGUGUACAUAAAAAACAAAAAACAAAACACAUUUCAUUUUCUAUCAUAAAAGCCUAAAAGUGAGAGACAGAGACGGAGAUCAUAAUAGGGACACAGCCUGAGUGUGAAAGAGCAAGAGAGAACGAUGGAGAGAUCAAGUUAAUGCUGUAUGUAAUUAUUUUGUUUGUUAUUAUGCAAUGCUCGUGGUUUCGAUUUAAGUUAAUAAAAAACGAUUCAAAAC